UUCCUGGAUGGUGUGGAGUGGUGUUGCGCUGGCGGCCUGGUUUAUCAGGCAUCAACACGGGCGCAUGGUUUCUCCGAAAAUUUCUCAGAGUUUCCCGGCAUCAUCUGGAGACCCUCUGCAGCCAGCGCCGCAUUAUUGCUCCGUGGUAUCCCAAUUGCUGGAGACUACGUCUUUUUAAUUCUUGAAGCGUUCGUUGUUUACCCGAGUCUCGCGGAGACAACUUUCUCUUCCGCACCUUUGAUCAACCCCCAGGGCCGCCCAUAAGGCCGAUUGUUUUCUCGAUUCACGACUCAAAAUGUCUCUCGUCAACCUCGCCCACGUCUGUUCGCAUUUGAACAAUGCGACCAAGGCCCGUCUCGGUCUCACGUCGAUUCCCAACACCAAAAUGCACUUGAAGCUAUGCCUCGCGCUCCAGAACUCCGGUUUCAUCUCCUCCGUCGUCCGUGGAGGCCAGGCUCCUCCUCCGCCACACCUGCUUUUGAACCACCCGGCUGUCAACGAUGAGAUUGAGGGUGUGGAAGAAUUGACCCAGAGCAACGUUGCUUCGAGACGACUCUGGCUUGGACUGAAGUAUUGGCAAAGCGACCCGGUGUUAGGCAAGAUGAGCAUGGUCAGCAAACCCAAGCGAAGAAUCAACAUCGACGUUGCUGGACUUCGUGAAGUCGUUCGUGGGGAAAAGAGCCAAUACGUGGAAGGGCUGCGGUCACCCGGCGAGAGUCUCUAUCUGUCCACAGAUCGGGGGAUCAUGGAGGCGCGAGAGGCGGUCGAGAAGAAGGUGGGAGGAUUGGUCCUUUGCCGGGUUAACUAGGGGAGAAUUCUGAGAAAGGGAUUUGCGUGUGUAUCUGUUUUGCAUUUCAUUCGGAGUUCGGUCAGUCGCAACGUCUCCCAUGACUUUUAUUAUCGAUUUUUCUUGGGACGUUGAGAUGGAUACCUACCUUGGUCCAGGGUUCUGUAUAGUAACGUUGUGAGUCGCUUUUUUAUGUACUAUUCAUUUUCUUUCCUCCAUUAUCUUUACCUAAACUUUGGAAAGAAUGUCUGCCCUAUGUAUAGAUACAAAAUUAUAUUCUGAUUAAAGCAAAUCAGCCAUUUGAUAGACGUUUUUGCU